AUGCAAGCACAGGACGACUGGCUGCGCGCCGCCGCCUGCGCACUUGAGCAAGGCAGCGAUGCUGAAGCACUACGCACACAGCUUGAGUCCACAUUUACAAGCGACGCGCGUGCAGUGCAACGUGCACUUAUUGUGCUCCUUCGGCACGCAGCGCUCGAGCCCAUCGCGCCGGCACCUGACGUCCUCGCAUCUAUCUUCACGAUUCAUACCCCCGCGUUCUCCGACGUGCUCUUGGAUGCGCUCUGGGCCGUGGACUGGGAAUUGGAUGCACGCCAAGAAGUACAGUCUGCGCGCGAUAGCGACGUCGACGACGUAGCGUGGUCCGGCGAGCGCGUUUCAUUGAGCAGUGCGCGCGCGCGCCUUGCCGCCAUCCUUGUAGCCGCUGUCGACCACGGCGUGUUGGACCAAACGACCACUGCGACGCGGCAAGAUGUGCCGCUUCUUGGCGCCGCCGGCAUGGUCGACCCAAGCAUCUUCCAGCGCCGCGCGAUACAGAUCCGGACGGGCCGCUACUUUAAGCAGCAGAAAUACAAUCUUCUGCGCGAAGAGAAUGAGGGCUACGCAGCGCUCUUGGCGCAGGUCACCGCGCAGCGUGGCCCGCCCAUCGCCGCUGAGCUCGAAACCGGCGCGUCGGUAUGGUACGACGACGCUCGUGUGGCCGAGCAAGAAACAGACGAAGCGCGCGAAGAACGUGCGGUAGCGCUCUUGGGACGGAUUGCUGCCUUGAUCGGCUACUUUCGCCUCGAUGCCGCGCGUGCGUUAGAUGUGGUGCUCGCUGUAUUUACCACCCAUGUCGUGCAUCAUUACCCCUUCUUCCUCACGCUCCUGCAAAAGUCGACGUGGAAGUCAGAGCGGAUUGCAUGUGUGCUGGGCUUCCAAUUUGCACACUACGCAAACCAAGAUACCCGCGAACCCGCACCAGAGAACCUCUAUUUUGUCGCCGCGCUGCUUGUGCGCGCCGACCUAGUAUCGCUCGAUGCCUUGAUGCCCUACCUUGCACCCGCACAAGGUCUGGAGAGUCUAAAAAAGCGCCACGAUGAUGCGCUGGCCAGCAACAGCAGCGGCGCGCAAAAUGCCUUGGCCAUGGCGGCGCCGUUGGAGGCGGAUGGCGACGCAGAAGGGCCAACCACGCCUGCUGCGCCAGCGUAUGUGCCCCCGGCGCAGCUCGUGCAUGUCAUGCGCGCUCUGCUUGCGUGUGGCGCCAUCAAACUCGUAGCGCCGAUUGUGUGCCAGCAUGCGUGGCUCUUUGCAGCGUACCCCUCGCUGAUGGCGGCCUACGUGCGCAUUGUCAAGUACAUGCUCCAGCCCGCGUACGACAACAUUGCAAUGCACACACAGGCGCAAGGCACAAGCCUCGGCCGUGCCUUGCCGCCGCGGCUGCCGCAUGCAUGUGCGGAGCAGGCGCCAACGCUGGCCCUCACAUGCUGCGUUCCUCUUCCGCAAGCGACCCUCGUGCGCCGUUUCUUCUUUUUCGUCGACGACUGGGCGCGCAAUGUGGUGCGAUGCAACGAUGUGGACGCCGUUGUAUCUAUCGCGCUCCCUAUGCUGCGCCCUGUUGGCGCGCAGCUAUACCAGGACACAGAGCUCUUGCAAAUCCUGUGUCGCUUCUGUGCCGCAUACAUGCAUAUGGACUUGUCCUUGUGGCUUGGCGUGACGCGCGCCAUGAUCCUUCCUGCAAUUUCGCUCGCGGCGCCGAAUCCUGCGCUCCUCUACGCACUCUGGUCCAUCCUGGAGCCUCUGCCGUACACGGAGCGAUUCCGGAUUUAUGGCGAGUGGAAACACAGGGUGUACAAGCGCGCUGAACUGCGCGCGUGCCAGAAAGAAACGGAGCGCGAAGCGCGUGCGAUUUUGCGGCGUGUAAGUGCAGACAAUGUGCGGAACAUGGGCCGGACGCUCGCCAAGGCCGCCCACCCCAAUCCGACUGUGUUUUUCGCAGUGGUGCUGCACCAGAUCCAGUCGUAUGAUAACCUGAUUGAGCCUGUGGUCGACGCGGCCAAGUACUUGACCGCGGUUGAGUACGAUAUCCUUACAUUCAGCUUGCUCGAGGCGCUCAGCAACCCAGACAAGGAGCGCACCAAGUCAGACGGGACGAAUUUGAGCUUGUGGCUCAAGUCGCUCGCGUCGUUUGCGGGUGCAUUUUACAAGAAAUACGCCUCGGUGAACUGCACGCCGCUUUUGCAGUACCUUGCGAACCGCCUGGUAAAAGAGGAUACGCAGGACUUGGUCGUGCUCGAGGAGCUGAUCCAGAAAAUGGCGGGAAUUGAGCCGAUCGGCGAGCUGUCCGAGCUGCAAAUUGCGGCGCUUACAGGAGGAUUUUUGCUCCAGCAAGAGGCUGCGCUCACUUUUAUCCCCAAAGGGGUUUCUGCAGCGCCCACGUCGGUGUUGCUCGCGCGCAGUGCGUACAAGAAAGGAGGUGCACAGCUGCUGCGUACACUUGCAGCAUCGCAUCUGGUGCUUCCGAUCCUGAUCCUCAUUGCGCAGCGGCGCCAAGCGUGCAUAUUUCAGGAGCCAGACGGUGACGCGCACAUCAAGUCGUUGGGAAGUACGUUUGAUACUUGCCAGGAGAUUUUGUUUCAGUACGUGCACUUUUUGGUGUCGACAAUGCCACUCGAGGACUUUGCGCGGCGCUUGCCGCCGCCGCAGGAUUUGUGCAAGCGAUUUGCGAUCGAUGCGCCGAUUGCGUUCCACAUAACGAGGCCCAAGCUCGUGUAUGAGAUGCGCAGGUUGGAGAAGGAGGAGAAGAGCAGGGCGGAAAGGAAGACGAGUAGCGAGUGUAUGGACGAAGCGCUACCAGAGGCAGAAGUAGAGGUGAAGCAUUCCGCCGAAACUUUGGCGCCAAAUGACGACGCUGUGUCAGAAGCGCAGGCGGCAAACGAUAACACGGCGCGGGAAGCGAUGGACGAGAGUGUGGAUGAGGCCGCCGCGGAACCCCCUAUCGAAACGCCCUGCUGGAAUUUGGCACUAACGCCCGUGGUGGAAACAAUGGCCGAAUGCCUCCCUGAGGGCGCAAUUUGCGCAUUGGGCGCGCCAUUCUUUGUCACGUUCUGGCAGCUUAGCCUCUCGGACAUUUCCGUGCCGAUGGACCGCUACCAGCAGGAAAUUGCUCGCUUCCGCACUUGGAUGCGCGAAGUUGACGCAGCUGCCGAGCUAUCGGAGAAUAUCAAAAAAUCCGCGCGCAACCGCCUGCAGGACAACAUUACCCAGCUUACAGCCGAGCUCAAAGAACAAACCCUUUCGUACCAAACGACGCGCCGCCGCCUUGCACACGAAUCGCGCUUUUUUUUCCCUGCGGACGUGGAUAAAGGAUUGCUGGUCGAACAGCUGGUUGCUCAGUGCCUGCAUCCACGCGCGCUGCUCUCGCCCAUCGAUGCCAUGUUUGCCGCUCGUUUCCUCCGCUUGCUGCACACAAACGGCACACAGCAUUUACCGACGCUCGCAGUCUACGACGCGCUCUUUUGCCAGCAUGUCGCGCAAACACUCUUCCUUGCGACGGAGAAUGAAGCGCGCAGCUACGCGCGUUUCCUUGCUGCGAUCCUCGGCGAUAUGCACGCAUGGCUGCGGAACGAAGCGGCGUACAACCGCGAGGCCAUCUCGGAACGCGUGUGCGGAUUCGCACUGGCUUGGGAAGGCAGGCGCGGAAUUCGUCAGCGCGAUGCAUCGACGCCGCUUACAUGGUAUGCAUUCCGCGCUACGGUCCUGCGGUGGCACACUUCGCUUUCCGAUGCAUUCAUACAGUGCUUGCAGUCGGAUGAGUACAUGCGGAUCCGAAAUGCGAUUGUCGUUUUGAACCGCGUCGCGAGUUUUUUCCCCCUGUACAGCGAGCACGGCAAAGCAUUGGGAGGAGCCGUGGAUUCCAUUGCGCAGAAAGAGUCGCGUGGCGAUCUCAAGGUGCUUGCCCAAGGGCUCGUUGCCACGCUCAAUAAACAUGCCAGCGCUUGGACGGCCCUUGACGUUUUUACGUACGUCGCGCCCAAGAAAGAACGCAAACCAUCGCCGCCGCCAAAACAAAAACAAAAAUCGAGUACGGCCAAGGCGCCCAAAGCGGCACUGGAACGUGCACAGCCCAGGCCCAAGCCUCGCAAGGAAACGCCAAAAGAGUCGCAAGCUAAGGACGAGCGCCGCGAACGACAUCCAGCCAAGCGCCGCGAGGAGGAAAGCCGGCGCGAAGAGCCCGUCUCGUUGCGUAUCCGCGGCAGCGACACGAGGCAGGAGCCUAGGUACCGGGACCGUGGAUGGGGCGAGUCUCGGCGCGAUACACACGAUGGUCAAGAGCGCCCAUCGCGCUAUUCGGACAAAGAGACAUGGUCCAGCAGGCGCGACGAAACACCGCGCGGAAAUGCCGCUUGGAAUCGGCGCCGCCCCGAAGAGGCACGCGACUCCAAAGAGACGGCGCGUCGGCCUGAAGAGGCGCAGUCUAAAGAAGAUGAGCGCUCGCGCAAGCGCUCCUUGGCAGACCGCCUGGGCAGCAACGAGAGCGGCGCAAGUGCCCCAAGUUCUCCUGCCACCGAUGCCCGCGACACGAAACGUGCACGGCGCGUCGAGCGGCCAGCACUCCAGUCUACGGACACUGACCGCAGCUGGAACGACCGCGAACGGGAGCGGGAUCCGCCGAUGCGCGCUUGGGGAAGAGACAAGGGCGACGCUGUGCGCGAUCGUCGAGGCGACCGCGAUCGCGACCGCGACCGUCGGAAACGCCGUGCUGGGGGAGAUAACGCGUGA